GAGCGCGGCGGUGGCGAGCGUGGAGUGGGCGGGGCUUCAGAGCGCUAACAGACUAUAAACACUAAAUUACCAUAAAGAGAAACGAAGCGGUGAAUAAACACCUCCACACUGCAACUGAAAACACCGGCAAACACACCGGCCCGACCCGGGGACUGUCCGAGGGUGGAGAACCGGACCCCAGGCGGUAAAUCCGAGGUAAACUGUCAUGGAGCAAGCAGAGGAACAGGGCAACUCCGGCUCCACCAAUGGCAGCACUCCAUCUGGGGGCAACUCCCGCUCCCCACAGAUUGCUCAAAUGUCUCUGUAUGAAAGACAAGCUGUCCAGGCGCUUCAGGCUCUGCAGAGGCAGCCCAAUGCGGCCCAAUAUUUUCAGCAGCUGAUGCUGCAGCAGCAGAUCAGCAGUGCCCAGCUCCACAACCUCGCCGCUGUGCAACAGGCCACACUUGCCGCCAGUCGCCAGUCCAGUUCCCCUAGCAACAGUGUCUCUGCAGCCAGCAGUACGGCUCAAUGCACGGUCAAUUUAAGCACCACCGCUGGGGGAGGGACCAUGACAAAUCCCCGCCCAAUGGGCCCGGCAACCUCUGCAGCAUCAACCGCUCUUAGCCAGUCUGUAUUGCUGGGUGGGAACUCGACUGGACAGGGCCAGAUGUAUUUAAGAAUGAAUCGGUCUCUUAGGGCUCCCCUCACCCCUCAGCUAAUCUUCAUGCCGGGUGGCACAGCAACAGCCGCUGUGGCAACGGUAACCCAGCAACAACCCCAGCAACAGCAACCCCAACAACAGCAGCAGCAGCAGCAACAGGAUGUCCCUCCCACAUCUUCCAGUAACCAGUCAGACAAUGAUCAGGUGCAGAACCUGGCAAUGCGCUGUGUGUCCACACCCCGGGUGGCUGCAGUUAAAACUGAGUUUCCGGACAGGAAGGAUGCUGGAUCCUUUUCUCUUGGUCAGAAUCAGACACAGCAGUUUGGUCAGUCGACACAGCAGAUCACAGCCCAAACGCAGCAGCUAGCUAACACUAAGCUUGCCACCUACAGUACCACCAACAAUGCCACACUGGCCAGCAUCGGUGUUAAGGCUCAGAACCAAGCCACCUUGCCCACCCAACAGCCAGGCACCGCUAGUUCCGCUACUCCCUCAUCCUCAUCCUCUGCCUCCUCUCCUUUGCUCCCUCUCUCUCAGCUCCUGCUGUCUCCGUCCGGACUCUGCCAGGCGCGAGGCGUGACUGCACCCGCUGCAACAGUUACUCACAUCCUGGUGCCCACCUCUAAUGUGCCUACUUCCUCGCAGGGAUACCCUGUGGGUUCUGUGGCACCCAAAUCCAACAUGGCAGCUCAGACAUUGGUGGUUCAGCCACUGCAACAGUCCAGCGGAAACCUUGGCACGGAAAAAGUAACACACGGGACGGGCCCAGUUCCCAUCCAGCCCAAAACAGCCCAGAGUCAUCGACUGCCCACACAGAUUCCCCCACGCCACCCUCCCCCCAUCUUACCAGCACCACCCAGCGGCGGGCAAACGCCACACCACCCACCCCACGUUCCUGUCCAGCUGGUGGGAGGCAGACAGGGCACGCUGGGAAACUCACAGCCCUUAACCGUGGCCCAGGCCCGCAACUGCUGCCCCCACCAGGACGGCACAGCGACGGCCGGAGUCCCCAUCAACAGCUCUAAUGGAAAUGUUGUUACUGUUGUGGCGGCCAUGGAAACAAACGGAGCAGGGGUGUGCCUUAAAUCAGCCCAAAGUGCCCUACCUGUUUGUGCAGUGCAAACCAAUCAAAAUGCAGCAUUAAAUCAGAGCCACUCUGCUGAUGGGCAAAACAACCCUGGUGUCAUGAGCACAGCAGAAGAAUCUGUUUUUGAGCAAUCCGUUUCAGCCCAGACAAAACCUGUGAUUGGUUCCUUGAAAAGGAAAUCAGAAUCAGAUGUAACCAAUGAGAUGUCAACAGAGGCUUCUGCCCAUUGCUGUCCUUCGAUAACAGACUCUGCCCCGCCCCUUUCUCCGGCUCCUUGUUUGGACACUGCUCCAGAGGUAGCUUUCUCCACUCCGCCAACCCUGUCUCUGUCUCUGCCUCUGCCUCGAGGCGGGGUUCAGGGAGAGCGAGCCCCUCUUCCACAAGCCGUUGUAAAACCGCAGGUGCUUACUCACCUAAUCGAAGGCUUCGUCAUCCAGGAGGGAGCAGAACCAUUCCCUGUGACCGGUCCAGUAAAGGAUCGAGCAGAGGGCAUUCCUGUUAAUAUGCCUAUUGCCAUGCAGUCCAAAAACAAUGCCCCCUCUGUGCUGAAAUGUGAGUUCUGUGGGAGCUUUGCACCUGCCAGCCAGUUCCGAGGGUCCAAACGCUUUUGCUCCAAUACCUGUGCUAAGAGGUACAAUGUGAGCUGCAGUACCCACUUUCGCACCCGCCGGGUCCGCAGUGUCGGAGAGCAGCCACCAAUGCCUGCUGUGGUGCAGGAUGGGAUUGCCAGGCGCAGGGGUCCUCGCAGGAGUAGCUCUGAGAUUGCCUGCGCUAAAAUAGCGAGCAGACACCUUUCAGUGAAGUGCCGUUCAGAAUCCAGUCGUUCUGAGGACAUCUCCAGCUGUGAGGGAGAGGAAGAAGAGGAAGACUCACUCUCACUCUCUCCCAGCUCUUCCUUUUCAUGCCCUCGCCCUGCCCACUGCGGCCCUCAGUUGGACGACACUACUCAAGGCGACCUCCCAUUGGAUGGGGAGCACUUUCUGUCUGCUAGCCCUGCCCACUGGAGCGUGGAGGAAGUGUGUCGAUUCAUUUCCUCUCUACAAGGCUGUGAGGACCUUGCGGGUCAGUUCCUGUCUCAAGAGAUUGAUGGACAGGCAUUGCUUUUACUCAAAGAGGAGCAUCUUAUGACCACCAUGAACAUCAAACUGGGUCCUGCCCUGAAGAUCUGCGCUUCCAUUAACAACCUGAGAGACUGAAGGACCUGAGCAGGAAGAGGGCGGGAUCUAACUUUUUUGUUUUUUCUUUCCUUUACCAGCAUAACAGUUAUGAUGUAGGAUGAAAUGAGCAAGCUACAGUGUCUGAGUGAGAACAAGAAGAUCUAUUUUAGCCUUCUUUAAUAACUUUACAGACAGAUGAGAGGAAGAGUGACCUCCAUUAACUUUAAAAGCUAAAAGAAAAGACUUUAUAAAGACAUGUUGCGUUGUGCGGCUGUGUGAAACCUCUUCAGGUGCACAUGGUCGUAAUUCUGGUGUCGGCUGACCUCCAGCCACCAGUUAGUUAAUGGUGUAACAAGAGUUUGGGACAUUGAUUAACAUUAGCUGGUGAUACACUCUUAAGAAUAAAGGUUUCUAACUGGUUCUUGGCUUAAAUGUACAGGAUACACUUUCAAAGGACCUUUACAUUCACGUGUUGGUUGAUUGAUUAAUUACAAAUAAAGUAGUGUUUUUUUUUCUGUGGCAUCACUCCAAGAAACCCUUUAUUUGAAGGAGUGUAACUUUUGUUGGGUAACAUAUGAAGUAAGGGAUCAGGGUGGGAACAGGGACAGGGUUUGGACCUUUGACCGAGAGAGAUUUUAUAAAGAGGAAGAGAGAGAAUAAUACAGUGAGGAAUUGGAGGUGAUUUGCAGUGACUUUCCUGGACGUUGAAUGUGCUAUUUGUUUGUUUUUAUAUUUGUUGUGAAAGCUGAAGCGAUAAUGAAUGAGUGUGUAAUGUAAAGAGCCUUGGAAGAUGAAUGUGGCAGCGAGUGUUUGUUACUUGUGAUAAAGAAUUGUAAUCAGCGAGUGAUUGUUGAUGCGAUGACUGAAGGUAGUUAGUUUUUUCCCUAUAGCUCAGCUGACCAGUAAAGUCAGACCCUGACUAAGUUGCCUUACUCUGUUCGAUAGUGCUUUCUGUAGUGUUAUGGGCGUAGGUGGUCUCUUCCCAUAGCGGCUGUACUUUCCAGUUUUAUUUACUGCGUUUAUGGAUAAUCUACAGAGAAGUAAAAAUCAAAUGCACAUGAUUAUCCCUCAUUUUUCCUGGGCUUAAGUUUGCUCCUUUAGUUUUGCACCAAAGCUAUAAGGCUAAUGUAGCUAACAAGCAGUUCAUAUUCUGCAAACAUAAUCAUCCUAAAUCAUCACACACUGUCCUCCAAUACCAUUGAGUUGUUGAGUAACCUCAAAUAGACUUGUUUGUGUUUUUAGACGCUGUAUAACAAGGCUGCUAUUAUUGUUUUUAAAUGUGAAACACGCUUCUGUCCAUUUUUACAGAGAAAUGUAUGUAGUACAGUGUCUGUCUGAGAUUGAUGUACAAGUCUGUUUGAGAUUGAUUAGUAGUGCUGCAUUCCAUUUGAACUCAGAUGUUAACUGGAACAUGCCCUUAGGUCACACAUGUAGUACAGUUUAGUUUAUUAACACUUUUAUCUGUUUUUUUUUUCAUUACAUUAGUAAUAAAUACAUCACUGUCCAACUCUCUGCUGAUGUUUUAAUCAUCAAUGUAAUGCAUUGCUAUCAACGGAUAUAACUAACAGUGCUAUCCCAGGACAAUGCUAAAAAGCCUACCUGGAGCAUAAAAAUUUACAUCCGGGGUAAAUGGAACGCAGCACUAAUCUCAGUAAAUUUUGAGGAGAAUGUGUGAUGAUGCUGUGUAACAAACCAGCAGAGUUAUAAGCUCGUGUUAUGCUUAUAUACCUACAUUAGCCUACAUAGCCCCAGUGCUAAACUAAGAGUAUAUUGGCUGACUGACUAAAUUUGGAAUAAGAGGGAACAUUUUAUUUUUUACUAUUGCCAAACAAUUCCUUUAAAAAAUAAAAAACAGUAAGACUGUUACUGUGAAGCUAUACAUGUGCUGUUUCUUAUCUGGUGUCCAGGUUGUAUUUCUCUGCUCUUCUGUGGAGAACUGUGAAGAGAUACAGCCGCUGUGAAGGAAGAGAGUAGGAAAAAGAGACGCUCCGCAUUUCAUCUCGCUAGUCAGUAUUAAGGAGUAGCCUUUUUUUUAUUGCAGGAAAACGGUGGCUGGUGUCAGAUAUCCAAUCAUAGAUUCUAAACCACAAAAGCUAUUUUUUUUCUACAGUAGCUGAUUUUAGGACCUUUUUUAUUUGUACUGAAACAAUAAUCAUUAUUUUUCUUUUGUUUGGGGGGAGGGGUCGUUUAUUUUAAACUUUAAGUAGUAGGUAAGUAUCUGUAGUUUGACCUCUGAGCUUUGCAGCACCUGGAUUCAGGAAUGGGGUGAGAGAGAUGGAGGGAACACCUGGAAGUGCUCUGGUGUUCUGAACUGCCCAAAGCUGAUAUAAUGGGCUAAGUUCUUUGUAUUCAGAAAUACCAAUAAAGCAGGUGCUACAACAAUGA